ACCACUACCACAACCACGAACACAAUAGCACCUUUCAAACACCACAAAACCAAACACGAAAUCUGAAAAAAAAACAAGACAAAUUAAAGCAUCAUAAACACCAAACAACCUCCUGAACACUACUAGUCUAUUACGUAUUUCCCUUUCGUCCCAACACCUCUCCUCUCCUGCCGUUCCCUCCUGUUGGCCCGCCUUGCUAUACUCGGGCCCGCGUCUGCGCUACCCGAGAGGUGACCAGCGUGGGGAUAGGUGGGCGCGGCAGGCUGAGGGCAGUCUUGCUUAGGCGUCCGUGCAGUGAAGACUCUCUCUAAACUAGGGAGUGAGCGGCUGGGACUGACUGAGCGCGCAGUAGUCGAUAUCAAGGGAUUGUACGCAAGUGACAGUGAAAAACAGGCUACGGGGAGCUUGAACCAUGCGAAUUCUAGCCGUCACGAGACUUCUGCCUGGCCUUCUGAUCCGGCUUGCUGUGAUCAUGCUGUCCAGACUCAUCGGCCGCGAGGAUUACACGCACAUGGACGCCACAGAUAAACUCCUUCCCCAUUAUGACUUCAUUGUGGUGGGAAGUGGGUCUGCCGGGGGCGUGUUGGCGGCGCGGCUGGCGGAGGUGGAAGAGUGGCGGGUGCUGCUGCUGGAGGCUGGAGGGUUGCCGCCGCCUGAGAGUGACAUCCCAGGCCUCAAUCCCAUCCUGCUGCAGAGUGAGUUUGACUGGCAUUACUUCACGGUGCGGCAGAAACACGGCCUGCGUGGAUACUCGUAUGUGGGCGACGUGUAGAGAGGCAUCCACUGCCCACCUCACACACUGAGUCAUGCAACACGCUGCCUGUUGAGUAACACGCGAGGCGCCCACUGACAACCCCACCGUACCAGUCUCGCUACCCCGUCUGGUCUACUGUCCUGGUUCCCACUGCACGCACCUCCGAUGACACAACUGACUGCAUAAUACACUGCGCUGCAAUAGAAGACAGGAGGGUUGGGAACGAGCCCCUCCAGUGGUGUGCUGCUAACUUCACGUCCUGGGUAUCCAUCCCCCUGAUGUGAGGGACGGAGGACGCGAAGACGUUCCACGGUCUGGAGACUCGCCCCCAAAAGGUGGGCCGGUGUUGGCUGGAGCGGGAACGCGGCACUUCCACCGAGUCACCACUGGAUGACACCGUUCUCGUGUCCCGCGAGGUGACUCUGGCGGACAGCCGUAGUCCUGCCAGGCGUGGCACACCCUGCACCUGUGCCUUGUGGAACACCACAAGGGCCGCCAGGUCCCGUGUCGACGGGAGCCUCAGGAUGGGCUGGGGCACCUGCUGCUUCCACCAGUCGCAGCGCCCGUCGCUGGAUGCCGUGGAGCUUGCUGAUGUGUGUGGCAGCACAGGACAUCCAGGAGAGGGCGGAAUACUCUAAAUAAGGCCGUAUCUGGCCCUUGUAGAGCAACAGCCUCCCUCUCAUGUCCAGCAAGUUGGCCACCCUCCUCUCUCUUUCUCUCUCUCAUUUUUAUAGUGAUAAUAAUACAAGUUACCUUUUUCAUUUUCUUUAUUUCAUUCAUUUUUUUUUGUAACAAGACUAAAAAAUAUACUCAAUUUGAUAAUAAUAAUAAUAAUAAUAAUAAUAAUAAUAAUAAUUCUGUAAACUAUUACAUAUAUUUUCUAUUAAUUUCUAUAUAUUCUAUUUUCUUAACAGGCACUUCCUCCCACACACAAGGUCACUCUUAUCCAACUCACACAGCCUCCCCCUGACCCCCUCACACCCUUCAACACCCCCUCACACCCCGUCAACACCCCCUGACACCCUCACACCAGGCCGAACCCUUCACUCUGCUGUACGGCCUGUAGAAGUUUGUAUUUCAGCUUCUCUUUGGUGUUGUAUUUUGGCAGGUCGAGUUGGGCGAUGCAGGUGUGUGCGACCGGAAGGAAGCUGUCGUCUGCUGUGCUUUGGAUCAUCAACUUGAGUGCCUGAGAGAGAGAGAGAGAGAGAGAGAGAGAGAGAGAGAGAGAGAGAGAGUUUAUAAGAGAAAAAGAAAGAGAGGGAGAAAAUAUUGGUGUGUGUGUGUGUGUGUGUGUGAGAGAAAAUACAAUAAAUUACUAUUAAAUUUAUUAUUAUUAUUAUUAUUAUAAAUUUAUUCAUAUUUCAGAGGAAUGACUGAGAAGAAAGGAAGGAAGAAAGGGAGGAGGAUACAAGAAAGAAGGAAGGAAGAGGAGGACUAGGAAGAAGGAAGGAAGGAAGGAAGAGAAGAGGACAAGAAGGAAGAGAAAAGGAGGACACUCUCUCUCUCUCUCUCUCUCUCUCUCUCUCUCUCUCUCUCUCUCUCUCUCUCUCUCUCUCUCUCUCUCUCUCCCACAGACCCACAGGAUGUCCCCCCACAGGAUGUUGACAAACCCCACAGUCACUCCCCUCAGCCCCUCUCUCUCUCUCUGUCUCUCACCUACCUUCAUGCCCAGAAUAGGAACCCUGUCAGUGCCCGUCAGGAACUUCAAAAACCACUUCUUCUGCUCCAGGGAGAGUUUGUGAAAUACUUCCCAGAACGUGCGUAUGACCGGGUGGUCUGGGAAACAUUCGCCCUGGAAACACCGACAGAAAUCAAUAAACGGAAGGAUAUUAGUGUGAA